AUGACUGGUGCGCUUUCUCGCUGGGGGUUCGAUGUGGGUAGGGCUGGCUUUGCGCCGCAAGUGCAGGCCACCCUCGCGGCAAUAUGCGCUUAUGUACCUCUGCAGGAGGCCUUGCGGGAGGCCAUACAAGCCAACCGCGAGCGGGACAGCCUGAGUCUGGCUGAAGGCGUCAUGUCAAGCAUUGCCAAGGGCGCCCUCCCUCAGGACUCCGCCGAGGACUGCCGCAGUUGGGCGGGAGGCCCGUCGCAUACGGACGAAGAUCGGGACGGCUGCCACACGGAGAAAGGAAAGGAACGGGAGGGCCGCCCUUCGUCCCUACGCGAGGAAGUCGAGUCGGCCUGCUCGGCCACCAGCCUCCGCGACUACGACCACUAUAAGCUCAAGACUCACUCAUUCAACGAAUACCGCUCCGAGCAAGACAUCGCCAGUUUGCUGCAGGUGGAAGAAGAGCUUAACGGCAGCGGCCAUGCUGAUGACUGGCGCGAGACGUCGAUCGGUGCCCGGUCCGACGUUCGGUCUCGUGAAGAUAUUCACGAUGGAGGAAGAGGCCACGCAGGCGAGCCUGGUGCCGUGGAUGACGAGUCAUGGAUGUUCAGCGCUGUAACUGUGGUCUCGCUUGGUUUCCUGUAUGUCGGCAACAAGGAGGUCUAUCGCACUGCCCUUCAAAGCGAGAUGGUCAAGGCUGCAGUUGCGCUCAGUCAAGUGUGGGCAGCCAGCGGAGAGUUUGGCGCUACCGCACAGUGA